AUGCCCAUGACGCAAAUAUUUACGUUGUUUGUGCGCACCUGUCAUGGCCGCCUCGUGACUCAUCUAGAUCGGACGUGAACUUGCAGCGGCGAUUUUCCAGCUCUCGAGGGCGUCUAAACUGCUCUGAUUAUUCGUCGUCAUGAGUUCGAGAGAUUAUCGAGGGGGCGAGUCGUCCGGCGGCGCCGUUCCCGCCUUCCUGACGAAGCUCUGGACGCUUGUAGAGGACCCCUCCACCAACGAGCUGAUUUUCUGGAGCACGAAUGGAGCAAGUUUCCAUGUGUAUGACCAGGCCAGAUUCGCCAAAGAAGUCCUGCCCAAGUUCUUCAAACACAACAACAUGGCCAGCUUUGUUCGACAACUCAACAUGUAUGGAUUCCGGAAGGUAAUGAACGUGGAGUCUGGCGGACUGAAGGCGGACCGUGACGACAUGGAAUUCAGCCACCAGAACUUCAUUCGUGGGAAACCGAAUCUCCUAGAACAGAUAAAGAGGAAGGUUGGCCCACCGGUGUCUGUUGUGAAGUCGGACGACCUGAGGCUGAGACAUGAGGACAUGUCUCGUGUGUUGAAUGAUGUGAAGGUGAUGAGAGGUAAACAGGAGACCAUUGACACCAGGCUGCAUUCAAUGAAACAGGAAAACGAGGCCUUAUGGAGAGAAGUCGCCAGCCUGAGACAGAAGCACCACAAGCAGCAGCAGAUUGUGAACAAGCUGAUUCAGUUCCUGGUCACUCUGGUCCAGCCCAGCAGGCGCAUCGGCAUCAAGAGGAGGACUUUGGCAAUAGAAGACAGCUAUGGUGAUGCCAUGCCCAGCACAAGCAAGGUGCCAAGAUAUAGCAGGCAGCUAUCUCUGCACAACACUUCAGAGGCAGAGCCAUUUAUGAACCAACCGCAGGAGCCGCAACAGGUCUCCCCCUCCUCUUCUGGACCAAUCAUAUCAGACAUCACAGACUUGGCCUCCUUCAGUGGGCAGGGCAUGCCGACUGUUACCUUACCAACCUCUCCACCAGGGGGUAGCAGCAGUGGACCAGCUGUGACACCACCCCCUCCCCCCUACUCCGAGGCCCCGGGGACGUCGGCUAGCUCCGUGCAGACCGCUUCUUCUCUGCCGGCCCCCACGUCCCUGCCAUUCACCCCGACAUCGGUGACGUCCAGCCUUGGUGCAGACAUGGCAGGAGUGCCCAGUGAAGGGCUGAUGGACGAAGCUUUCUCACCAACAGCUUUCAUGCAGGGGCUUGCUGAGGGCACCUUAACUGUACAAGAGGAACCACAAGACAUGUCCAUUGCAGUGCACAGCUCGCCUCCUAAGCAGCUGGGCAGAUGUGUGCAGCCAAGUUGUACCAGGCAGGACGUGGACUUUCACGUGGACACCAUCCAGUCCAGCCUGGACUCCAUCCAGUCCCUGCUGCAGAGUGGAAACUUCAGCCUGGACGCCUCGCAGCUCACCGAUGUCUUCAACCUCCUCCCCAACGAACCAAGCAUUCUCAUGUCCGACUCAACGGACUGGAGACCACACACCCUAGAAGCUAACAGAGCAGGAUUUGUCCUGCCAGAAUCAAGCCAUGGACAGGCCCUGUUAGACUCCCUGUCAGAGGUCCACACCCGUAACGAGCAGGACCUGGCCAGUCUGGAAUCCUCGGAGGCUGCAGGUAAAGGAAAGGAACUGAUUGAAUAUGCUCCCGCCAACAUUGACGACAUGCCCAGCCUGUUUGAUAACCUGGAUGAAGACGAAGACCCUGAGUUCUUCAACAAGGUCAUAGCAGGGGACGCAGGCAAGGGGGAUGCUGGGAAAUGAAGAAUGUGGGCUGUCAGAUUUGUCAGGAUGUGUGCACCCCUUUGUAGUAUAAUGGUCUGCCCUGAUCUGGUUCUAGGCAGGUGGAGAUUAGGACCAGUACAUUAGGUCAAACUAGUUUAAUCAGUCGGUUCUCAGUUGGUUGAAUCUCUUGAAGAAAGUCCUUGUCUUUGUAGUUGCUAUAAUUUUUCCAUAUAGCAAUGCAGUGAUUUGAUUAAAAGUUCAUUGUUUUAAUUAUAAACCAGCCAGCUAUGUUGACUUCAUGGCUCAAUGUUGUAACAUUUGAGGCAUGUUUUUUGUUUUGCCCUGUCUCUUCUUUUUUUUUUGUGAAGAAAUCUGAGAACCAAGAUAUUAAACUUGUGUGUUCUUAAGACAAAAUGUAAAUUACUGAAAUGAGCAGUGUGCAUUACAGAGAGAGAUCGCAAACCCUUUCCAUCCUAGGUACCAGAACUACUUAAAAGCACAUGUACGUAGGUUCUAUAUUGGUUAUAUGAGGUAGUUGAGAUGAAGAGGGUUAUAAUGAUUGCCUGUGAAGCCAGCUACAACAGAGACACUGUAAACCUAUGUUUCUAUCCCAGCAUGUUCAGUGUUAAUUGUUAGUAAUACUUAAACCCUCCUGCGCAACUUGCCAAGUGUGGCUGACACUAUUACAUCAGUACCUGCCACUCAUAGUUCUGGUGUAUCAGUUCAUGGUGCAUCACCAUAGGUGUUCAGAAGUCAGUAGAAUUAUACUCUUGGUGUCUGACUCUGAAUCUUUUUCUCUCUUCUACAGAGGUUAGGAUAAACCAUUCCAAUUCUUUUUUUUUUAGUUGAACUAUUUAGAAAGAGUGUGUAGAUGUUUUUUUUUUUUUCGGAACAGUAGAAGGUGUCCUUGAGAGACUUUUGGAAGUGGUAAAGAAAAGGUUUCUUCCACACUGUUGGAGUGACAUUAAAUGGCUAGAGGAUGCCUUGCAUCCAUUAGGCCUGUGGAAAUUUUGCAUCGCACAGUUUGGGAUAAUUUGCAAUUGUAAGAAAUUCAACACAGAAAUCAUUUACAGGCAUGUUCUAAAAAAAGGUAUCGCUCCAGUAUUUUUACGGACUCCUAUUCAAUCCUUCCUGGUUGUCUUUCCUUGACAUGAUUCCCUAUCGAGUGACCUAGAAGUUGUACAUUCUUUUCUGUCUGCAAAUUUUUCAUUGGCAAGGUACAGCCAAAGAAAGGCACAGUACUGGCACUCCCUCAUACUAAAUGUACAGCAAAUCAUGAAUUAAUCACAUUGGCCACUUUUCUAUAUGAUGUAAUCAACAAGUACAUUAAUGUGAAGAAUAAACAAGCAAGUUCUUGUAGCUUUUAUGGCAGAAGUACUAUUUUUCUAGACCUACAAUGUAGAUGAUCUGUAUGCUAAAGUGUACCAUAAGCAAUUCAUCUGAUAAGAAAUACUGCUAAAAUGUACUAGCAGCAUUGGAUGUCUCUUAAAUCCCAGUGAUGUUUUGCUGUUUGGAGUAAAUCUGUUUUAGAUAAUUCUGUUUGGAAUCAAAUGUUAGUGGUCCCAUGCUUAUACUGAAACCUCAGCAUCUCCAAUCUUUGACAGUGACUAGGAAUGCAGUCUACAUUGCUAAAGGUAGUCGACCAAGCAGAUUACAAUUACAACACUGAUAGUAUUAACAUUUACGGAAAAGUAACUCUUGGAUAAGGUAGACUUCCUUUUAUGCUGACCACAAAUUCAUCAGUCAAAGGUGUGAUGAUGAAAUUGAAUUGUGAUUGCAAGUUUUAGUAUGCGUUCUUCUUUUGUUACAUUCACAUAAGUAGAUUGGAUUUAGGAAGUACAUGUAUUCAGAGUCAAUAUCAUAUAUGGCAUGGGCCAGUUGUCACAUUUGUAUAUGUGCAAAAAAUGACAUACAUUACCUGAAGUUUGUAUUUGAUAUUAGUUGUCUUACGGUGACAUACCACAGAUGGGUGAUAUUGUUUUACAGAUGUAUAUCAGAAAGUAAUGAAAUGGUUUUGAAAGCACUUCAAACAACCCUGUGUACACCUUGCACAUAGUAAUGCAUAAGAGUUAUAUGGAUGACUAUCGGAACAGAUCAACAUGUUUGUACUUUCCACAGAAAAAAUAAACAAAAACAGGUUAUUACGCA